CGCGUUUCCCGCUCCGCUGGUCUUCGGCUUCGCGUCUUCUUUUGCCUUCUUCCUUUCUGCUGCUUUUGGGGUGUGGUUUGUCUGUCAGGCAGCACAUGGUAUAAGUGGUCUGCACUCGCGGCAGCAAACCGGGUGUGUUCGAUCUGCGAAAAGUCGAUGAAGACGCGACGUUUCCACGGCAGACGGUUGCCUUCUGCCUCCCCUUUACAUGGAUUUCCCCCCGGUCGCAAACAUCCGGACCCCUGCUGUGACUUGUCCCUCUUGUCUGUCCACAUGUUCCGAAGGGACAUGCUCGGAACGCGUCUUCGAGCCCUUCGGGUCAUCCCACAGCUAGAGUCUACUGCGGAACCCGCGCGUUCCCCCCAUCUAUGCCGAGGUCGCCGACUAGGGGAGAGUUUGGUGCACCUCCUAUUCAUGUAGGUGUGCACAUGUACGUACGACGUGCUACGUGUCGUGUCGUUGGUCGUCCGCGCGACCGAUGUCGGGCUUUGCUCGGCGCGCUAGGUCUGUCUGUGGCUUACGUUGCUGUUUCGUUGGAUAUCUGCGGACUACGCGACGCGACGCGUUUCGGCUAUGUGGCGUGUGCGUCAUCACCUCAACACGUCUUCCAGACACUUUCAAGCUUGCCUCUGCAUAGCUCCGAGGGCGUGGCCUUUAGGCUCCCUGUCUCCGACUCUUCAAUUUUGGAGCGGCUCGUCGCCGAAGCCGCACUGCGGGUCUGAGAGCGCCCGUGUGUGGGAGCGUCUCGUCGUCCUGCAACGUGUCUUCCACCGGAAAGCAUUUCGGGCGCGUCUACCUGGAGCCUGAGGAGGGCUUUUGCCGAAUUUGUUGGCGGCGAAGCCGGGUCGCUCAGAGCCUCUGCUCUUCUGACGCUUUGAACAUGUUUUGCGGGGUUUCAAUGCGUCGAUUCCUUGUCUCUCAUGCGCGUGGGGUUAGUCAGGGCAGGCGAAGUAGCCUCACAGCGGAGGGCAAGGCAAAGCCCAUAGGCAGCAAUCCCGAACACCACCUCGAACCUUGCUCUCGCUCGGAAAGUGCUCGGAUGAGGGAUGUGAGAGCGUGCGAUGCGAACGCGCGCAUAUGUUUUCAUUUACGUGCAUCAGACUGCUGUCAUCACGUUCAUGCAUAUCCCCAUCGUCGUUCUAGUCCGCC